AAAAAGAGGCCGAAGCAUCGAGUUUGAGAAUGAGAAGAAAAAUCCAUGGCGUCUUUCACUCCCUUAGCUUCCCUUCUCCAAAGAUGCUUGCUUUCCAAGAACGCAUUGGCUGGCAAGUCCAUCCAUGGCUACUUCUUCAAAACUGGCCUCAUUUUCAGCACCUAUCUCGCCAACAAUCUCAUCAAUGUCUACUCCAAACUCGGCUUUUCCGUUGAUGCCUGCCGCCUGUUUGACGAAAUGCCGCUGAAGAACAUGUUUACUUGGAAUUCCAUUCUCUCAAUGUAUGCUAAGAGUGGUUGCAUGGAUGUUGCAGCUCAACUGUUUGAUGAAAUGCCUGAGAGAGAUUCCGUGUCAUGGACGACGAUGAUUGUUGGUUGUAAACAAAUGGGUUGGUUUGAGAGUUCAGUGCGUGUGUUUGUAGAUAUGGUUUGGAACGGAGUUCCUCUUACUGAGUUCACGUUUGCUAAUGUUCUUGCUGCUUGUGCUGCUAUGGAGGGGCUUAGUGUUGGUAGAAAUGUGCAUUCAUUUGUUGUGAAGCUUGGUAUGAGUAGUUGUGUCCAUGUCUCAAAUUCGCUUUUGAGCAUGUAUGGAAAGUCUGGGGAUUUGGAGAUGGCAAGAGUUGUUUUUGAUAGAUUGACGUUGAGAAGUUUAUCGAGUUGGAAUGCGAUGAUUUCUUUGUAUGCGCAAUCAGGACGACUUGAUCUUGCAUUGGCUCAGUUUGAGCAGAUGACAGAGCGUAACAUUGUUUCAUGGAAUGCAGUGAUUGCUGGGUAUAAUCAGAAUGGGUUAGAUUUUGAAGCAUUGAGGUUUUUCGCUCGAAUGCUCAAUGAGUCUUCGAUGGUGCCUGAUAACUUCACUCUAACGAGUGUUUUAUCUGCUUGUGCCAAUCUAGGAAUGUUAAGAUUUGGAGAGCAAGUUCAUGCUCACAUUGUGCGACACGAGAUUGUUUGCAAAGGGGAGCUUGGGAAUGCAUUGAUAUCAAUGUACUCGAAGUCUGGUGGUGUUGAGAUUGCUGAGAGAAUCAUGAAGCAUUCGAUGGCUUCUGAGCUUAAUUUAAUAUCGUCUACUGCUCUUCUCGAAGGCUAUGUCAAGCUUGGUGAGCUUCAACCGGCGAGGAAAAUCUUCGAGUCGAUGAGAAAUCCUGAUGUGGUGGCAUGGACUGCAAUGGUUGUAGGAUAUGUGCAGAAUGGGCAUCACAAUGAUGCUAUGGAACUCUUUAGAUUGAUGGUGAACAAAGGGCCAAAGCCAAACAAUUACACUCUUACUGCAGUAUUGACCGUUUGUUCCAGCUCGGCAAUGCUAGAUCACGGCAAGCAGAUACAUUCGAGGGCGAUCAAGUCCAGACGGGAGCUAUCGGUUUCAGUGUGCAAUGCACUUAUCACAAUGUAUGCAAAGUCUGGGAACCUCCCAGCAGCAAGGCGAGUAUUCGAUCAGAUCAGAUUUGGUCGAGAACCUAUUUCUUGGACAUCAAUGAUCAUUGCUUUAGCUCAGCAUGGUUUUGGAGAAGAAGCGGUUAAGCUUUUCGAAGAGAUGAUUGUCAGUGGUAUUCAACCCGAUCAUAUAACUUAUGUAGGUGUUAUCUCGGCUUGCACACAUGCAGGACUGGUUGAAGAAGGUAAAAGUUACUAUACUAUGAUGCAGAAUAAGCACAAGAUUGAGCCAACAUCGAGUCAUUAUGCGUGUAUGAUCGAUCUUUUUGCACGUUCUGGAUUACUUAAAGAAGCUGAAGAGUUCAUAAAGGCGCUGCCAAAGGAGCCAGAUGCGAUAGCCUGGGGAUCGCUUCUCGCUGCUUGCAAGGUCCACAAGAAUGCAGAUAUGGCAAAAUUUGCUGCUGAGAAAUUACUCGCUAUCGAUCCUGAAAAUAGCGGAGCCUAUUCGGCUCUUGCAAAUGUCUACUCUGCUUGUGGGAGAUGGAAUGAUGCGGCGAAAAUAUGGAAGUUGAUGAAGGAUAAAGGAGUGAAGAAAGAACAAGGUUUCAGUUGGCUUCAGAUUAAGAACAAAGUUCAUGUCUUCCAGGCCGAAGACGUACAUCACCCUCAGAGAGAUGCUAUAUAUGAAAUGGCUGCAAAUAUUUGGCAGGAGAUCAAGAAAGCUGGAUUCGUUCCUAACAUACAGUCGGUGUUGCAUGACAUCGAUGAUGAACUGAAGGAGCAGAUGCUCUGUCAUCACAGCGAGAAAUUAGCAAUUGCCUUCGGGUUGAUUAGCACGCCGGAGAAUACGACAUUGAGGAUUAUGAAGAACCUUAGAGUGUGCAAUGACUGUCACUCUGCAAUUAAGUUUAUUGCCAAGGUCGUCGGAAGAGAGAUCAUCGUGAGAGACGCUACCAGAUUUCAUCAUUUCAGGGAUGGACUCUGUUCUUGCAAAGAUUACUGGUAGAAGAAUGAUUCAAUUAUACAUUUUGUAUUCAUUUAUUACUGAAAAUUUAGUUCACUUUCAUCAGUUUGAUUUGAGUGAACUUCAUGUCAAUCCAAUUGAUCUUUGUUCUCCA